AUGCAUAGGUCAUGCUCAAUAUUUCAAGCUGAACUGCUGGCAAUUGGGGAGGCUUGCCGAAUGAUACUAGCCAUGAAACAUGAAUUAGCCUACAUCCUGACAGACAGUAAGUCGUCUCUAAUGGAACUGAGUAACCCCGCUAGCUGCAACAGCUUAGUAAAUAAGAUCUUCAAACACCUACGUGUGGCCGAAGUAAUGAAAGUCAAAAUUGUGUUCGUAUGGCUCAGGGCGCACGUAGGGAUACGGGGAAACGAGGAUGCCGACUGUGCGGCAAAGCAAGCAGCGUCUUCCAAAACAUCCCUAGCGUAUGACAAGUUCCCAAUUAGCUAUGUAAAACAACAUUUCAAAACUACUAGCACAGAAGAUAAAAUAAACCUCUACAAUAACGAAAACAAUUGUAAAUACACUAAGCAAAUAAGUCCUUAUCAUGAACAGUUGGAGCUUGUCAUGCGUGCAUUCCCUCCAGAUUUUCAUCUUACGCAAUUCUACUCAGGUCAUGGUUACCAUAAGGUAUACCUCAAACGCUUUGGAAUCACUGCAGACGACGAAUGCCCAUGUGAUGCUAACAUAUCGCAAACCAUGGAGCAUUUGAUCCGCGUGUGUCCGAGGUUCUCUUCCACCAGAAUGGAUCACGAGAUAGCUAACCGGAUGGUCGGAAUCUCUGAGCCAUACGAUUUCCAAAAAAUUAUCAAAAAAGAAACAACUAUAAAUACCUUCUCAGAGCACAUAAAAUAUAUCAUACGUAAUCUUAAACAAUACAAUCAAACGUAA